AUGAAGGCGUUUAAGACCUUGCUCGCCACAUUUCUGGCAUUCUGUUGGCUAGUUCAAGCCCGAGUGGUCCAUGUUGGUGUCACUAGCGAGGGCGAUGUCACUGUUGAUAUUGAGUCAAAGUCCGAAGGCCAGCGGGGUCAGAGCCAUGGAAAUGGAAUCACCGACAACCCCAGACACCGGGAAAACACACAGAGGGCUGAAAUCGGCCCGAAGGACGUCGACCUUGAAAGCUAUUGGCACCGUGGUUUUCUGUCGAAGGCGUGGUCUUGUAUCGUUGGAACGGUGAGAACUGCUGUUCCGUACCACUGUACCAUUGGUCUGAUGCACAAAACUGGUGAAAAAGGUGUUGACAUUGUCUUGAACUCGCUAUCUGGCGAGCUGUUGCAUGCUUGCUGGAAAUGCGUGGCGGAAUUUGGCAAGCUGGUCGAACUCGGCAAACGAGACCUUGUUGCAUGUGGCCAGUUGGACAUGCAACCAUUCCUAGCGAACAGAUCGUAUUGCUGUGUCGAUAUUACACAGUUUAUUCGCGAUAAGCCGGAGAAAAGGGGACGCAUGCUUGAGAGAUGUCUUGAUCUCUAUCGACAAAAGAAACCCGGCCCAUUCAGCCAGCUUCCGUUUUCGACUCAUGCGAGUCGUCAUCAAGAUGCCAGAAGAUACUCACAGAUCAAAGUCCGUCCACGUGCCCAUCCAAUAAGUUUCGAUCCUCAAGCCAGUUACAUUCUAACCGGCGGAUUGGGAGGUCUUGGGAAGGCCAUUGCCAUCUGGCUCGUUCAUCGCGGCGCUCGAAACUUGGAGUUCUUGUCCCGAUCCGCCGGCUUGACUGAUGAUAGUAAAGAGUUCUUUGCCGAGUUGGAAAGUAUGGGCUGUCAUGUGCCUGCGAUCGCUGGUAUACCACAGAGUCUGGCGGACGUUGAGGCGGCAAUUUCUAAAGCCACUGGUCCGGUGAAGGGACUGUUCCAUGUGGCUAUGGCUUUACAGGACGCACCUAUACUCGACAUGACACAGGCAGAUUGGAUUGCAGCAAGUCAGCCUAAGGUCGAUGGGACUUCCCUUGUCACUGUCGUGGAUCAGCCCGGCCAAGGCAAUUACAAUGCCGCAAUCACAUUCCUUGAAGCGUUCUGCCAGUACCGCCAUAGCCUCGGGCUACCGGCAUCCGUUCUGAAUAUCUGCCCCGUUGAUGGUGUAGGUUUUGUUGCCGAGAAUCCGGCGGCGAGGCGGAACAUGAAGGCUCAGGGUCUCUACUUCCUCGGCGAAGAGGAAUUGCUUGACUUCAUCGAGCUCUCCAUCGUCAAUUCUACACCUAUCGCCUCUUCAAGAUCCUCGCAGACCAGCAGCACAGUCCCCGGCCUUUGGACUUCCACCGGCCAGCUGUGGAUGGGUCUCUGCUCCGAACUCCACCUCGACUACCCUAACAACCGUACCAACUGGCGCCAGGAGCGUCGUAUGGGCACCUACCAUAAUGUCCGCGACAUGAACAAGACCAGCGACGCCUCCACUUCCAGUUUAAGCAGCCUCCAAACCUUCCUGUCUCUCGCAACCGAGGAGCCUGACCUGCUGAAGGGGGAGGACAGUCAAGAAUACCUGGCAUACCAGAUAGACCGCAAGGUCUACGACUUCAUGCUUUUGGCUCAGCUAGGCCUUGACUCGCUAAUGACGGUCGAGCUGAAGAGGUGGUGGAAGCAGGCACUGGGUUUGCAGAUUAGCCAGUUGGAAAUCAUGGCCACCGGUUCGCUGAUGGGAUUAGGAAAGAUCGCCGCGGAGGGUUUACAAGGAAAGAUUGUGGGAACGAGCUAA